CUUACGACUAACGGAUUAUUCAACUCUCCGUUAAAAUGGCAGGGAGUGCAAAUAAGAAUUGCAAUUACAACGAAAAUUUUCACAUUUAAUAGGCAAACAAUUGGAAUAAACGCAUUUGAAAGCAAACGAAAAAAACGAAUUGUUAACGACGCGACGCGAGUGUCGGCUAACUAUAUAUAGAAAUUGCUAUAUAUGCACUAAAUUAGUUGCAAAUAGGUUAAAUAUUAAGUAUACGUUGUGUAUAAUGGGUAAUCAACCGGGUAAACUGCAGACAACACAAAGUGGACGGCCAAAAAAGAAUGUGCACUGGAAAUCCGCAGAACGACCCUCGCCGCCGGGCCGACCAAUACUGACGCCGCUGGCGCCUUCAGAGCAGCAGCCCGACGUUGUCAACCUGCGCUGGAGUCGGCCACUCAGCGAUGGUGGCUCCCCCAUCACUGGCUACAUUGUUGAGCAGCGUCGCGUGGGCUCGCCGCAUUGGGUGCGCGCCACGCCCACACCUAUUGAACGCUGCGAGAUCCAAAUCAGCGGACUGGAGCCCGGCUGGCGUUACGAGUUUCGUUGCUUUGCCGAGAACAUAGUAGGACGCUCUGAUGCCAGUGAGCUUUCCGAUGCCUUGACUGUGACGCUGCAAAGAAACGCCAUCUGCGUUCCCCGUUUCAUAGAUGAAUUGCUGGACAUGGAUGCGGUAGAGGAUGAGCGCAUAGAGUUCCGCGUGCGCAUACAAGGAGAACCGCCGCCAGAAGUGAGCUGGUUCAAGGAUGGCUACGAGAUCUUUAGCAGUCGUCGCACCAAAAUCUUGCACGAGCACGAUUCUAGCGUGCUCGUCAUACACCAGGUGGCGCUAACGGAUGAGGGCGAGAUCAAGUGCUCAGCUACAAAUCGCGCUGGCCAUGUGGUGACGAAGUGUCGGCUGCAAGUGCAGGCGCCACCCAAGAUUAGGCUGCCCAGAGCCUAUGAGGAUGGACUUAUUGUAGAGGCGGAGGAGGUGGUGCGACUAAAAGUGGGUGUGGCAGGCCAGCCGCCACCUGCCAUUACCUGGUUGCAUGAGAGCGAAGUGAUAGCACCAUCUGCACGCUUUGAGAUCAGCAACACGGAGAAGCAUUCGCUGCUAAAGAUUGACGGCGUGCAACGUGCAGAUCGCGGUGAGUAUAUGGUGCGCGCUUGGAACAGACUAGGCGAGGACAUUACCUCCUUUUUGGUAACGGUCACAGCGCGUCCCAAUGCGCCUGGACAGCCGCGUCUUAACAUGUCAUUUGGCAAGUCGGCAACGCUUAGCUGGACAGCGCCGCUGGACGAUGGCGGUUGCAAGAUUGGCAACUAUAUUGUGGAGUACUUUCGCAUGGGCUGGAACGUCUGGCUAAAGGCGGCUACAACGCGUGCGUUGAGCACAACGCUCCACGAUCUGAUCGAAGGCUCCGAGUACAAGUUCCGCGUCAAGGCGGAGAAUCCCUAUGGUCUUAGUGAGCCUUCGCCAGAGUCGGAACUGCUCUUUAUACCCGAUCCCAAGCGUGGCAUCACUAAACCCAAGUCAGCGAGCAAAAUAAAUACUGCAUCUGAGCCGGCACAGGCUGCUGAGAGCAACAAGUCGAAGCCAACGCCGCCGCGCCGCAAAGCAUUGUCGCCACCCCGUCCGCAGUCAGAUGCGGCGACCAGCAUGGCAGCAUCGCCCAAACAUUCACCACGCGGUGCCCGCAAACCACAGCUUAUUGAUAGCGAGCAACUGCAUCAGGAGAUGUCCUAUGGCACCUCGGAUCAGGCAUUAAAGCAGCAUGUGCGCAAGAGUCCUGACGUUUCAGCACUUACUGGCUCUGCGCCUAAGCUUAAUCUAACCAUUGUCACCACCACCGCCUUGCCGGAGCCAGCUGCUGUACAAGCGCCGCCGCCCAGAUCACCGAUAAGGUUCUUCAAUCCAAAGCCACAAAACUUGCCAAGCUCAAAAGACAUAUCGCCUGCGCGUCCAGCUUUGGCUACACCUGCACCACUGCCACUACGUAAAAGUCCCACGCCACCGGAGCCAAUCAAGUUCACGCCGGCCUUGCAGCGCAGUGCGGAGCCAGUGCAGCUGGAGGUCAAUCAGCAUGUGCGUCGUUACUCCGGACAUGCCUUGAGUCCGGCUAAAAAUGUGCCUGCCUUAGCUAUUGCUAUUGCCACCAGCGCCACUGCUUUGGAGAAGCUGCCCAAUCCCAUCAUCGAGAUUAGCGCACCGCCGCCACCACCACCAACACCACAAAUCACUUUGCCUGCGCUAGACACUUCUGCCUCGGAGCCUACUCCGCCCGUGGGCAAGCUACGAUCAACGGAGAAGCAUGAUGAGGUGCACACCAGCAAUGAAUUCAUGCUUGUGGUGUUCGAUAAGAACAGCAAGGUCAAGGAUAAGGACAAGCAAGAUUCUUUCGAGCUGGAGCUGGAGGAUGCCAUACAGCCGCCGCCCAUCUCCAUAUCGGCACCCGAUUUGGCUUUCUUGGAGUUUACCAACUUGCAUACGACGUUUCCGUUGCGUCGUUCGGUCAGCUCCACGGAGCUACUCUACGAGCGUGCCAUGGCACGUUUCUAUGAAGCUGUAGAGUUGGAGCAGGCGGCCAAGCAGCAGAAACAGCAACCGAAGCCAGAGAAACAAGCAGCUACGCCAGCUACAGGGACAACUUUCCGCAAGCGUCUGGGCUCUAUGACUGAGGCGGAGCGUGCUUCCUUUGAGCGGCGUAGUGAGCUGCGACGCCAGUCGGCGGACGUGGUGAGCCUCGGACGCAAGUGGGACUCACGAGAGAAUGUAAACAUGUUGAAUGUAAAGAAUCUUUCACGCCAUACGUCGGAUAUGAUGCAGCAGGAGCAACGACAUUUGCGUGAGGAGCAGCGACAGUUGCGUGAAGAACAGCAACCCGACGAGGAGGAGGAGGAGGAGGAACGCACUGAAAGCACAGCCGAAGAUAGCGAGGAUAUGGGACAAGAUGAGGAUGAGUAUGAACAGGAGGAGGAGCAACAAGCAAGACAGCGCACGCAGUCCGAUUAUGACAUGGGCUCAGAUUACACGGAGAGCACGGCCUCCUCCGAACAGGAUUCUAUAGAGAAGUUUAAAAUGGAACUGCUGGCACGCACACGUUCGCCAAGUCCCAAAGAUCUGGAGACAUAUCAUCCUAGAAACAUGGCUGGCAACUUUACGCCGUAUCGAGCGCCUACGCCGGAGCAGGCAGCCGUAGUGCUCAAUCGCCCCAUGCCGCUGCCUAGUCCAGACUUUGUACCUAAGCCCAUACUGAAGCGUAGCUCCAACGAGCACAUGGAUCUGUCACCGAGCAAUGUCAAGGAGGAGCCCAGCUUACCAGUCACUGCCACACCCAAACUGGAUUUGGCCAAGGGUAUUAAAAGCUUCUUCAGUCGUGAUAAGCGCAGCGCCACUGAGAAGAACACUGAAGCCAACGAGGAGUUGUCCAACCCACUGGAGCAAACCAAUGCGCUGGCCAUAGCCGCUGAGCUAGAAAACAAGCGCAAGGUCAAGGAGCAGGAAGAACUGCGUCGUCAGGAACAGGAGCGUCUGAUGCAUGAGGAGGCCAUUGCUGCUGUGGAUCACUAUAGUGAUCUGGUGCGUGAGGUGAGCAGCAGUCACAAGUACCACAAGCCUCUUUAUCUGGAUCGCGAUGAACUCAAACGCGCUGCCGAGCGUGCCGAGCAGGAAGAAGAGCAACUAUCGGAGCAAGGCGGCGUGGAGGCGCAUCGUCAGCAACGUCAAAUGGAACUGCUAGCGCCUCCCGUUGUCAGCCGUGAGCGGCGUCUGUCCAUAUCUGAGCGUGAGCAGCUGGUGCAUGUACGUGAUGCGGCUAGCAAACUGGCCACAAUAGAAACCUGUGCACCGCUGCCAAUGCCGCCAACGCCAGCCACACCACCAACUACAGUUGAGCCGCCAGAGUAUCCUGCUGUUUUGGUGGCGGCGCCGCCUAAAACCAAAAACAAAGCUGAGUCCGAGUCGGAGAGCGUGAUGAGCGAGCUUGUGGAGGCGCGUCCCGAUGCGCGUGGACGCACGCGUCUGGUCAAAGUGAAGCGUGUCAUAAAGCGACGCGUGCCCUCCAGUACGCGUUCCCGCGACGCCUCGCUUAACAGAUCCUUGGAACGUCCUUCGCUGAUGGCUGCCCAAAUACUGUCAGCUGCGGAUCAGGAGUUGCUGCAAAAGGCCGCCAGCUUGGCUUUGGUGCAGUCCGAAGAGCAGGCACAUGAGAAGGUGCGCUCAGCAUUGAGCUACUCCACGGACUUAGUGCUGUUCCUGGUCGCCUGCUAUGUGUAUUUGUUCAAGGAUGCGCGUCUCGUAUUGCCCAUACUUGCACUGAUGAUUUAUCGGCAAUUGGGUGAAGCUAUCAGCGCUUAUAUACCCAGCUGGAUGCGACGCAAACGCAAUGAGGAUUGAGUCCAAUGCCACGCCUUUAUUUAACAGUUUAACGGUUAAGUUAGCUCAUAUCGACUUUAAACGACUCGUAUUUUAUAAGUAUAAGUUUAAACCAGUUAAUCAACCUCAUGGUAAUACCAGCCGAUCCUACAUAUAUAUGCCUUUAUAAACAUCAAAUGCUGUGAACGCAAGGACGUAUCCAGAUACCCGCUUUU